CCUCACUAGACGUGCAUGGGACCGUAAUGUCCCUCUGGCGCUUCUUUUCCCUCCUACGUAUACAAGUGUUUUUUCAUUCCAGAAUUUUUGGGAAGUUAGUUAGUUGUAAACGAGGUCUCUGAAAAACGCGAUUCUUCUCUCGGAAGAUGAAGCAUUUUGCAUUGAUUUCUACGGUUCGACGAGCUCUGAUCAAUGGCCGGAAUUGUAACCUUCCCGGUUCGGCGGUGAUGAGGCCACUUGAGGCGGUGGAAUUUUGGCAACGUUGUGCGGCCGGCGGGAGCGGAAGAUUCUUCCACUGGAAGAGGAUGAUGGCUUCUAAGGCAGUGCCGUUGCCGCCAUCGGCGGGGAAGGCGGAAGCGAAGUCCACGGAGAAGGAGAAGGAGGAGGAGGAGGAGAGUUCGCGAACAGAGGCUGGGAAGAGAGACAGUAGCGUGGUGGUGUCGAGUUAUUGGGGGAUUUCGAGGCAGAAGAUUAAGAGAGAGGACGGGACGGAGUGGCCUUGGAACUGUUUCAUGCCGUGGGAAACUUAUCAAUCAAACUUGUCAAUAGAUCUGACUAAGCAUCAUGUGCCAAAGAAUUUUCUGGAUAAAGUUGCUUAUAGGACAGUGAAACUCCUCAGAAUUCCAACAGAUGUGUUUUUCAAGAGACGAUAUGGUUGCCGAGCAAUGAUGCUUGAAACAGUUGCAGCUGUCCCUGGAAUGGUAGGAGGGAUGUUGUUGCACCUGAAGUCACUCCGUAAGUUUCAACCAAGUGGUGGUUGGAUCAAAGCAUUGCUUGAGGAAGCAGAGAAUGAAAGAAUGCACCUAAUGACUAUGGUGGAACUUGUGAAUCCUAAAUGGUAUGAAAGACUGCUGGUUCUUACUGUGCAGGGAGUUUUCUUCAAUGUGUUUUUUGUACUUUACACACUCUCCCCAAAGCUGGCUCAUAGAAUUGUCGGAUAUCUUGAGGAAGAGGCUAUCCAUUCUUACACAGAGUAUUUGAAGGACAUUGAUAGUGGGGCAAUUGAAAAUGUUCCUGCUCCUGCCAUUGCAAUAGACUAUUGGAGGCUUCCCAAGGAUGCCAAAUUGAAAGAUGUUAUAACAGUCAUUCGUGCUGAUGAGGCUCACCAUCGGGAUGUCAACCAUUUUGCUUCCGAUAUCCACUUUCAUGGUAAAGAACUGCGGGAGGCACCAGCUCCUCUUGGUUAUCAUUAGGUAUGUACUGUGUCGAAUAUAAAAUUACCCCUUUGGUGUGCAUUUAGAAACCCAUAGGUAGUAACUUUUAACUGAUAUGGAAUUCCUAUACUUCAAUCAUACAUUUGGACAAUAGUUAUACUAUGUAUAUGCUACUGAUUCUAUAAUACGACUACGCCUCGUUUGGAAACCAUGUUUAGUACGAUGCCGUUA